GGCGGUGGCGGUUAUGGUGGUGGUCAUGGCGGCGGUUAUAGUGGCGGCCAUGGUGGUGGUGGUGAAGCCCAUACACUAAUCAUCUCAGACGCAGGCGGUCAUGGUGGACACGGCGGUGGUGGCAGCUAUGGUGGUGGAUACAGUUCCGGCGGACAUGGUGGUCAUGGCGGGGGAGAUGCUCACGUAGAUACUUAUGCCAUUAUCAAAGAAUCUGGCGGUGGGUAUAGUGCGGGCGGUCAUGGCGGCGGUGGCUACAGUUAUGGUGGCGGUCACAGCAGUGGAGGCGGUGGUGGUGAUGCACAUCUGGCUAAAUUGGCAGCAGUAGCGGCAACGUCUGGUGGCUCUCACGGCAGUGGAGGCGGCGGUUAUGGUGGUGGCGGCGGCGGUGGUCAUGAUGACAGUCAUUUAGCUGCAGUAGCAGCCGCCGCAGGUGCAUCCGCGCAUGGCAGCAGCGGCGGUGGCGGUUACAGUAGCGGUGGUGAUGCGCAUUCCAUUGCCAAUAUAGCUGCGGUAGCCGCUUCAAGCGACUCACACGGCAGCGACGGCGGUGGUUAUGGCGGUGGUUAUGGUGGUGGCAGUUAUAGCAGCGGUGGAGGCUAUAGCAGCGGGGGAGGUUAUAGUAGCGGUGGACACGACGAUGCCAAGAUUGCAGCGAUAGCCGCGUCAACAAGCAGCAGCUCCAGCGGCUAUGGUGGGUAUAGCGGCGGAGGCUAUAGCAGUGGUGGCUACAGCGGUGGUGGAGGUUAUAGCGGCGGCGGUCAUAUCGACACAGCUGUUAUCGCCUCAGCAGCCGGUGCGUACGGAGGCUCAAGCGGCGGAGGGGGAGGUUAUAACUAUGCACCCGCUUCCGGGGGUGACGGCUGGCAAUCGGGUGGAAGUGGUGGUUGGGCGGCGUCAGGCGGCGGUGGUGGCGGCAGCAGUGGCUGGUAUAAACGCAAAUGAGCGCCGCGUGUAGGCAACGCGUUCACACACAAAACAGCCGCCCAAAGUUUAGUUGUUUAAGCAAGCGCAUAAAUAUGUUUUCUACUGCUGUUGUAGAUACGUCUAAGGUUAAGCAUAUUUAUUCUAGUCCACUAAUGCUGGGGGAAACUGCGGAGGGAGGAUGCGAUCGCGCAUACGCAUUUUACGUCGUUUAGCUGCUCACCGCACACAUCACCUUAAGCGUUCAAUACGCUCAUCUUAAAUUAUGU